AUGGCCAGUGCGCAACCUCGUGAGGAACCAUGGUUUUGCUUUGGUUCUCGCGGGGCUCGACAUAGCACCCGUCUUCCUGGGUCCCUUUGGGCCGCAGGCAUCGACGUGCUCAGAACAUCUUCCAACGUCGGCCUUUCAAUGGCCCUGGCGUCUGGGAUGAUCUUGGAUGGUCAGGGGAACCCUUGUCAACCCCAUCAACUCCUGGCCGUGGUCACAAGGGCAGAGGUAUCAGUUGUGGCUCAGAGUGACACUUCAAAUCCGCGCUGCUUCCAGCGGCUCGUCAUCAUGGUCGGUCCCACGACAGCGAGUCGUGCCAAUGUGAAGAGGAGAUCAACCCAGCUUGCUGUCUUGGUCGUUGGAUUUUUGUGCGCCCGGCUGGGCGUAUCCUUCAUGCUGCCUGGAGCACCAAAGGACGAGUCGACGCGCCGAAACGUCGUGGCCGGCGUGGCCGCCACGCUGGGCUUGGCCGGCGCAGAGUCGGCACGGGCCUUCGGGGAUUCGCCGGAUGACUGGUUUGGCUACUACAGCGAUCCACAACACCCCGGCUGCACGCGGAAGAUCGAAUACGAUGGCUACGGCCCCAUGGUGGUCACUGGAACUGAUGGCAAUCCUGGAUGCCUGGGCCGAGGUCCAGUGAAAGCCUUCAGAAUCUAUCCGACCUACGAGCCGGGCAAGGACACCCUGAUCUUCGACUUUAGCUCCAAGGGCGGCCCAGCCAACGUCGAGGGAAAGUGGGACGGCACCGGCAUCGUCUUCCCAGACGGCAACAAGUGGAAGCGCACCAUUGAGCGAUGAGUUUGGACGCCAUUUCUGAGUCUGGAAUUGUUUAAGGUCGAAAGUCAUAGCAUCAGAGUUGAGCAUUUCUUCUUUUCAUUUUUCAUAGACUUCAAUCGUUCACUUACUAGAAUAUGUAUGAAUAGGUAGGUAAGAGUUAAAUCACCAAGCAGAUCGCCAUCAAUUCUUGUAUCAGCUGCAAUCGCAGUUCGGAAUCUUCGUUUAGCACCAUCAGUGUGCAAGACCUACUCACCUACGAGCUGCGAGGAAAA